CCGCCGCCGCCAUGACGUAGCCGGGGUCGCGAGACGUCACUCGGCGGUGCCGGCAGAGAAAUGCGGAGAGCGCGGCGCGCGACAGCUGAAUUCAGUUUAACAGCAACUAUUAACUAAAGUCAUGGCAGCUGCCAGUAAUGAGGUGCACCAUCUUGUAGAGCCUGGAAUCUCAAAGCUGCAGUUUGCUCCCUUCAGUAGUGCCUUGGAUGCAGGAUUCUGGCACGAACUAACCCAGAGGAAGCUCAACGAGUACCGACUGGAUGAGACCCCAAAAGUUAUCAAAGGCUACUACUACAAUGGUGAUCCUUUGGGUUUGCCAGCUCGCUUGACAUUGGAGUUUAGUGCCUUUGAUAUGAACUCUUCAAUACCAGCACGAUGUUGUCCUGCUUUUGGAACUUUGUAUAAUACCAACACUUUUGAGACUUUCAAGUCUUGUGAUAAGAAAUCACUUCUGGAAAAAGAAGCAAAUGAGAUAUGGGAAUCAAUAAAAUCUGGAGCUGCUCUGGAGAACCCAAUGCUCCUGAACAGGUUCCUGCUGCUGACAUUCGCAGAUUUAAAGAAGUACCAUUUCUAUUACUGGUUUUGCUACCCUGCUCUCUGCUUCCCUGAUGGAAUACAAAUAAUUCAGAAGCCAGUGAGUCUUACUGACAGAUUCUCAUUAAAUCAGAUUCAAGCACUUCAGAAAGCUUAUGAUGAACUUUGCCAGAAAGAGGGGGUUACAGCCCUGCCUUAUUUUUUAAUCAAGUACCAUGACAAUUCUGUCAUGGUGUCUUUACUGAAAAAGUGGGAUGAUUUCUUCCAGGACCAAGGGGGAAAGGUGACAGUUGGAGUUUAUGAUCCGUGUAAUUUAUCCCACUAUCCAGGAUGGCCACUGAGAAAUUUCCUGAUCAUGGCAGCCCAUAAAUGGGGCAGCACUCUCCAGUCAAUUGAAGUGCUCUGCUUCAGAGAUAGGACCAUGCAAGGAGUGAGAGACAUUGCACAUAGCAUUAUCUUUGAAAUAAAACUUCCACAGAGACCCCUUGGCCCAGAUUGUCCCAAGGCUGUCGGAUGGGAGAAAAACCAAAAGGGAGGCAUGGGUCCAAGGAUGGUGAAUCUCAGUGAAUGCAUGGAUCCAAAAAGGUUAGCAGAAUCAUCAGUGGAUCUUAAUUUGAAAUUGAUGUGCUGGAGGUUGGUGCCUACACUUGAUUUGGAAAAAAUUGUGUCUGCCAAGUGUCUGCUGCUAGGAGCUGGUACCCUGGGGUGCAGUGUUGCAAGGACAUUGAUGGGCUGGGGAGUCAGGAAGAUUACAUUUGUGGACAAUGCAAAGAUCUCCUACUCCAACCCAGUGCGACAGCCACUCUAUGAGUUUGAAGACUGUCUGAGUGGAGGGAAGCCUAAGGCACUUGCAGCAGCAGACAGGCUGCAGAAAAUCUUCCCAGGAGUGGUUUCAGAAGGCUAUAACAUGAGCAUCCCUAUGCCAGGCCACCCAGUGAAUUUUUCUGAGGUAACAAUGGCACAGGCUCAGAAGGAUGUGGCUAAACUUGAGGAGCUCAUUGAUGCUCAUGAUGUUGUUUUCCUGCUAAUGGACACUAGGGAGAGCCGGUGGCUUCCUGCUGUCAUUGCAGCCAGCAAGAGGAAGUUGGUCAUCAAUGCUGCAUUGGGAUUUGACACAUUUGUUGUCAUGAGACACGGGCUGAAGAAACCAAAACACCAAGAAUCUGGUGACUCAUGUUCCAGCAGUGCCUCUGCUUCUUCUGAUCUUUUGGGAUCAUCACUUUUUUCAAAUAUCCCUGGCUACAAACUGGGUUGCUACUUCUGCAAUGAUGUUGUGGCACCAGGGGAUUCCACCAGGGAUCGGACACUGGAUCAGCAGUGCACAGUCAGCCGACCUGGAUUAGCCAUGGUAGCUGGAGCUCUUGCAGUGGAAUUAAUGGUUUCUGUUUUACAGCAUCCAGAAGGUGGUUAUGCUGUGGCCAGCAGCAGUGAUGAUAGAAUGAAUGAACCACCUACUUCUCUGGGGCUGGUACCUCAUCAGAUCCGUGGAUUUUUGUCAAGAUUUGAUAAUGUUCUUCCAGUCAGCCUGGCAUUUGAUAAGUGCACAGCCUGUUCAACCAAAGUCCUUGACCAAUACGAACAAGAGGGGUUUAAUUUCCUAGCAAAGGUUUUUAAUUCUUCACAUUCCUUCUUGGAAGACUUGACAGGUCUAACUUUAUUACACCAGGAGACACAGGCUGCUGAGAUCUGGGACAUGAGUGAUGAUGAAACAGUCUGAAAAGUCAACUGAAUAGGGUAGAAGCUGACCUGCCUUGGACUGCAGCACUGCCUUUUCUCUGUUCAUGAUUGCUUACCCAUUCUGACUGCUACAAAUACAAACAAGCAGAAUCCACACUUUGACAUCAAUAUCUUCACAUUAAAACCAGUCUGUUAUGGAUAUAACUCUCCACAUUUUAUUUUUAUUAUGUAAAUAACUAAAACAAUGUGGUUAUGCCUAAACUAUGUCUUGCUUUGUUUCUUAAUAUAUAUAUUUUGUUUAUAAAUAUGGCUUAGAUAUCUGCUGCUUAAGUAAACUUUGGUCUUUUAUUUGUCCCUGUUUUUAUUUUCCCUGUCAAUGGGCAUGUCCAAGCAUGUCUAAAUGAUUUUUUUUCAUCUUCUCCAGAUUUGUUCCCCUUUGGGGAUUUAUUGUUGAUAUUGAGAAUGUUCUGCUAUUGGGAGUUAAAGGAGAGCAGGAGUAGGUAAGGACCUGCACCAUUGUUUGCUGUUUCCAAGCACGUAUUUAUAGUACAAUUGAUUUGUCUUUUUUUUGUUAUAGCAUGGCUGUGCUUGCCUGUGUCAGUGGAGGUGUUCCUCCCUGGAAAGAGCUCAUCAUUUCAUGCCAUGGGGAAAAAAAAAAAAAAAAAAAAGGGAAUGUUUUUACAGAGAAAAGACCAAAGUUUGUUGGUAUCAUCAUUAGACUCCCCUGAAGCUUAGAGAAGGCUCUGUUAUGUAGGGAAUGAUCAUUGAUUCAGUCAAAACUUGUGGAGAAAUGCUUAGCAGAAAUAAGUUCUCUAACUUUACUGUUCUUGGAUGCCAUCAUGCACUACUUCACAGGUGUUCAAAGAUCAAUUCUGGUUUUAAUUUUCGGUGGGAUUUCAAGUUUUUCGUUUUUUUGCAGCAUCAGAAAUGGCUUCAGAGAUUAUGGCUGAGCACAGACAGCAGUUUGGGAAUCCUAGAGUUUAAAGAUAAUGAGGAAAAAUGGAUUUGUAUAAUAUCAAAGUACGUUAUUACAAAAUUGCAUGUGAGUCUAAGUGAUUGAUUUUAAUCUUGGAACAUGUUUUAGAAA